GAGGGGGAGUACUCUUAAUAUAACCUCAUAUAUUUCUGAAGUCAAAAAAACACAUACAUGAACAGUAGUUGUCUGGCAUGAGAACGUCAUACGAUGCCAGUUCGUUUUCUUGCUAAAGGCUAACCGCUUCAGAGUAAUUCGUGACGCCGACAUAUUCAUUUCGGCAACAACAUCAUCCUGUAGGCAUCUUUCGAACCGAGAGCUCAGAAACAGACACAAAGGACAAUAUCAGAAAACAUCACUGAAUGUGUUUGUCUCGUGACUUCUCUGAAGUUCCAGUGUAAACAAUCAAGAAUUCAACAGUUAGCAAAAUGUAAGACAACUGAAAGCAAUCGCUAAGCUAAAAUUUCUCCUUGAUAUGCCAAUCACGUUGUUUAUUAUUUAUAAAGGUAAAAGAAAAACAGAUUCAUCGGAAAUAUUAUUAGCGAUGAGAGUGCGUUAAAUGAAUGAUCGGAGCUCAGUAUUUCAAAUAACGAUUAUUUCUUAUGUAUAUUCAUGGAUGAGUGAACUGCUCUCUCUCUUAGUUAUUUACAUCGGCAGUAUUGCAUUGCAGCUCGCUUGUAUUAUUUGAUAAGAAAUCAGUAAGUAAUGAUCUGCAUUUCACUUAUAUUUGUGUGUAUAUGUAUGGUACUGGGUAUACCGAAAAAUGUAUAAAAGAAAAAUAUUAAACGACUAAUAUUAAAAGUCAAUUAAAUAUUUUUCAAUCUUAUUUAAGUAUUCUUCUAUCUAAACUAAUAAAUAUUUUUCUUGUUGUUAGACAGGAAAAUAUUAAAGUUUUUCGCCUAGAGUUGAAAAAUAUCAAAUUGUUUUAUUCAGAUUUCAUUAACGAGAUUACGCAAAAAAUGGUUACUAAUUGUUACAUAAAAAAGACCGUGGCUGUAUGGUACACGAACAAAAUGAUUCCAAUCACCUUUCAUGUCUAAAUUCGUUACAAUAAUCAGUUGCUUAUUUCUGACAUGCUUUUCCGCUAUCUCAAAUAUAACAUAACAUCACGUUGGCUUACAGCCCACUUUAAACUCACUUUGUGAGCCAAUAGGUAAACGUAUGAAUAUUCUGGGCUCCCUGUUUCGAUAUCGAUGAAACAGAUAUCGACUUUCGACUGAUUGUUUUUUUUGCCAAGGUUUGUCAUUAUUUCAUACGGUGUUGUACUUUUUUUUGCUCGUGUCUACAACGAGUCUAUAAUUUCUAUAUUGAUUACGGUAAAGGUUCUUUCCUCACGGGAGAAAAAACUCUCUUGUUUCGAUUAUUUCUAUUUUGGAAAACGUUUUCUUCAUACUGUUGUGACUCCAUUGAUACGGAGAGCGUUAGAGAACGGCUUACUCUAUCAGAUACGUCGAGCAGGAUACAGGCGCUUACAUGAGCCAACGUGCCAAAAAACAACGUAACAUAUCAAAAUACUUGCGGUGCUACAUUCAUGUGUUUCACUUGUGUUUGACGCUAUUGAAAACGUUCUUUCCUCAUUAUUGUUCUUCUUCUAUCGAUCAUUUCGGCAGUAAUUUUCUCUACUACAUCAAUGCGUGGCAAGAAUUUUAUUUACUAUACAGAGAAUUUACUGAUUUACAGAUAAAAUACAGUGUUUUCUGACAUUCUGAUGUAGAUUGGAUGGAUUUUGCCUGAGUUAUGAGUUUUUUAAUUUUUGAUAAAAAUAAUCAAAAAUGGGUUAUUUGACACCUAUACUAUCAUAUUUAAUGUCUUUAUGUCCAUACAGUUGUCGGAGUAGAAAAAAGUAGAUGAUGACAAUAAUGUUGAGGUUCAUUGCUUGACAAUAGGAGGCGAUUCAGCGGAUUUGGAGUCUUCCGUCGGGUCAUCUAGUUUUAAGUCGACUUUGAAAUUAAAAAUGAAACUAAUCGAUUCAGUACAAAUCAAAGAGACGCAACGACUAUGGAUAAUUUCUGCACGUGAUAGUAUUGCUGAAAUAACUAUCAACAAAAGUCCCACCAAAGACAUGGCAUUUCUUCCUAUUAAGACUGAAACUUGGUAUCCUGUUGUAAAGUACGCGUUUCCUUUUACAGUACAUACAUUUUUUAUAUUACAGCAUGUCCAUGAAUAAGUCCACUUUUUGAUCAGUCCGUUACGUUUUGGAAUACUUAUGGCUUUACAACAAAAGAAUGUAAACGUCUGAGCAAUGUCUUACUUUGUAGAGUAAACUGUCUUCUAUGAUAUGACAAUUAAAUGAACUCUUAGACGCCACUAUAAAUAGAGAUAAAUUACCAAAAAUCAGGUAAAAAGUGCCUUUUGGGUUACUCACUUACUGAGGUAUAACUUUUGAAAUAAAUGUUCAUGCGAGUUCGUUUGACUGUCUUGUCAAAGCAGACAGUUUACUCUGCAAAGAAGGACAUUGCCCAGUCUAUUACGAUAUUUCGUUGCGGAGCUAUAAUUAUUACAAAACAUAACGGACUGACUUUGUCUGGCUGGCUUACGUGGGCAAGCCCAUUACAGUAUCAAAAUUCUCAAAACAUUGUAAGCUUGUUUAUUCUUUUUAGCUUGUUUAUUGUUUUAGAAUUAGAAUGCAUAAAACAUUUAAAAAUAUACAUGAACUGACUUGCCCAGCUCUCGCUUGCUUCCAGUGUUGUGACUUCUCCGCUUAAACUAUUACUUUUUGAAACUUUUAUCAUGGUAAAAAUGAUUCAUCAUUCAGUUCUAUACACAAAACACAUUGAACAUUUCUUUAUAUAUUAUAAUAAUAAAACAAUAUGGACGAAACACGGGAACGCUUCAAUAGCGAUUACUUUCAAACCAAAACACAUUUCAAGUUCAACAAUUUCAGUUCCUUCUAUAAAAAAGGAGAAAAUAGCCGUUCUGUAGUUCUCAAAAAGCUCUUUCAGGUGCUGUAUUUAAGACUCUUGAGACAUGUUGACGUUAAUGGUUUUGAAUCUCAAUACAAUGAAGAUUAGUUUCAUUUUUAAUUUUCAAAGUCGACUUAAAACUGGAUGACCCUCGACGGAAGACUCCAAAUCUGCUGAAUCGCCGCCUAUUGUCAAGCAAUGAACCUCAACAUUAUUGCCAUCAUCUCAGGAAACACUGUAUUUUAUCUGUAAUUCAAUCAAUUCUGAGUAAAGCUCAAUAAAUGUUCAUAAAACGAAUUGAAGAAACUUUGGUUUCCAGAAACCUUCGGAACUAAGAGAGUAUUUUUAUCGAGUUUACGUACAGAAUCAGAAUCAACGGAUAUAAUAGAGCGUUUUCUGACAUUCUGAAGGAGAUUGAAUGAAUGUUAACUGAACUAUGAAUUGUCUAAUUUUUGAUGAAAAUAAUCAAAAAUGGGUUAUUUCACAUAGUACAGGUUUUCACUUUGGUGUUGCAUUUUGUUCUGAAAACGAACAUUGCCGCGAGAUUCAACAUUGUUGAUAACCUAUGUUUGGAUAUACUUUUAAGAUACUCAUGGCUAAGGAUCGGCCGAUAGGUAGGUCUUCGGAGAACCGCUGCAGUUUCUGAAUCCUGGUAGAUGGAGGUCUAGGACUUGUGCCGAUGUAAAGAGAAGAUGUUGCGCUAUAUUUGAGACGUUUUAAAGUACAGGUCAUUAUGAUUUUUUUUGGGAUGGAGAUGCCUCAGUUUCUCUCUUUCUCUUCAAAAGUUAUUCAAAAAACAUCAAAGGGCACUAUAUUUUAAAAUGGAUAGUAACUAGUUUUUUUCUCUCGGAACAUAUAGCUUCCUCUUGCAUUUCAUCGUAACUACCAAGAAAUUGUGAGCUUUAAAAGUAAGGUGCAGGCAAUGCGAAUUUCCAGUAAACAAAUUUUUUUUCGAGUUAUUUUACAUCAUUUGAUAGAGCUUCAGCUGCUGAUCACGAAAAACUACUUUUUAGCUUUAGCAAAUACUUCCUUCCAAUCAAAAAAUACGAAAUACUCAAAAGGUGUCGUUUUUCGAGAAAAACACAUCUUUUUUUUGAAUUUUAAAGACAAAUUUUCCGUCUUUAAAAUUCAAUUCUUCAUCAUCAAUAUCCAUUCGAUAUUCAUCAUCAGAUGAAUAUCGAAUGGAAAGACAAACUUUUGAUAACCGACAUUGGGGAUCUUGCUGAAAUGUGCAAGUCGAAAUGUGACACGACAAAAUCUUAGCACUUUGCUUUAUAUGUCGUUACGUUUCUUCAACAUUAAAUGGGAAGAUGUCGAUGAGUAUUUGAACAGCAUUGGUGACCGCGAAAACUUGUCAUAAAUGGGCAACAGUGUUUAUCAAAGGAGAUUAUGAAGAGUUUUCAAAUGAUUUACGUGGUGGUAAACAAAUUGAUUCAUUUUAUGAUACGUUUCCCGAGAUUGAAGCAGAUGCGAAAGCAUUUGUCGUUGAAGCAUGUUCAACAAAAGCAUUUGUUCGUUCAUGUACAGAUCCAAGUUUUGAAAAAAUGAUAAAAUUAAUAUCGGAUGUUUGUAUACAUUUUGCCGAACGGAAAAUUGCAUUAGAAUUAUUCCGGUGUUUUUGGCGUUCAAUCGAAGCAUAUUCCCAAGGUCAAACAUAUGCUGAUGUAUUAAAACUGCUUUUCAGUCAACUCUGCAAUACAACAGUUCAAUCGCAUCGUAGAAUAUCAAAUAAAACCAUAAACAAAUCUUAA